CGUUCGUCGCGGCCAUCUUGGUACACCCUGACCCGGUCAAAACAAUAACAAAAGCAACCGGGAGAAGCUGAGCUCAUCUGUGGGAUUUCCUGGAAGGUCCCCUCCCCCGGGUCCCUCUACACCGAUGAAUAGAGAAGUCCCCGUCCAGUCCUGGCCUUGUUCGUACUACCUGAACAUGGAGCGGCGAUGGGUCCCUGGCCGCCUCUCGCUGACCCCCACCCACCUGCGGUUCAGGGAGGACGGCGCAGAGACCUCCUUAGUGGACUUCCACCUGUCCAGCGUGGGCGAGAUGAAGAAAGAGUCCUCCAGUUACAUCUUCAGCUCCAUCACCGUGCUGGAGAAGGACAACGCCAAGCACUGGUUCAGCUCCCUGCAGCCAAACCGCAGCGCCGUCUUCAACGUCCUGGAACAUUUCUGGAGGGAGCAGCUGUUGUCCCCGCGGGGGGAACGGGGCGAGGCCAAAACCUCCAAAGGGAAGGAACUCAUUAACAUUGUCACCGGGUCCCAGAAGAGGCUGGAGGACACCACCAGGGUGCUUCACCACCAGGGGGAGCAGUUUGACAACGUCGUGAAGGACUUGAAUAAAAUAGAAGCAGACAUGGCCACUGCCAACAGAAUGUUAUCAGUCCUGGAAGCUCCAGUUUGGUGGCCAUUUAGCGGCAAUCCAUUGAAGAGAUUCACCAGCACCGCAUCCAAGGAAACGUCUGCCAGCGACCGACCCCACGGGAAGGAGGGCGUCAUCGUGAUCAUACCCAUCGUUUUCUCCCAUCAUCCCGAUCCCAGCCUGAAGCCAGGAAAACUGACCGUUCUCUUGUCUGCGCUGGAGAUCGCCGACUGUCACUUCCGUCUCCUUCAUAGAUACGAGCGUCAGGAUGUGGACGACAUCAGAGCCAUCACGGGACACGAGAUUGCCAUCCGCCAGAGGUUUAUCGGCAAACCGGACAUCACAUACAGGGUUAUAUCUGCCAGACUACCGGACGUCUUGCCUCUGUUAGAACUGCAGUACGGGAAGAAGAUGGAGUUCCUGGAGGAGGCCGCCAUGUUCAGCGAAAAAUGGAGGAGUUCUCCAAGCGACCAAGGCAGCCCGGGAUGGCAGACAGAUUCCUGGCUGCUGGAUACGAUAGUGAGAUCGGGGCCCACUGCAGGAGAACAGGCAGGGGCCGUCAUCCAGGAUCAGGAAGUCUCGGAGUCGGAAGCCCAGGAGCUCCGAAAGAUCCUGAUGAAGCUGAAGAGCAUUGCCCUGGACGCAGAGGACGAGUUGGAGCGUCAGGACGAAGCCCUCGAGGAGAUCACGUCUUCUGUGGACAGAUCCGUUUUCAGCAUCGACAAACAGACUCGCAGGAUGAGAAAGCUCCUGUAGCACGAGACCCGUCAGAAUAAACCGGAGGAAAGGACUGACUGCCUCAGCCGACCACACUAAGGUGUCAUACUCCUAGCACAGGGAUAUGUUCUGACGGGCGGCAUUGGGUUGGCAGGUCCACAUCUCCUCACUUGCCGUUUUUGGGAGUCCUCUAAUUACCAUAAGCCGUUUGCAAAUGAUAGCAUGACGCUACCGAUGUUUACAUGCACCAACAAUGCAAAAUACCCCUCAUAUUUACCGCGUGCAAACGUGGCAAGAUGCCGGGAAUGCGGAAUGCCUGCAGCCAUGCCUGUGAAUUCCUGUACAAGGUUCUGCUUUGCGUUCAUUUGUAUUCAUGUACUUUAGGUACUGUGCCUUUUCAUGUGAAAACCUGAAGAAUAUCAUGGUACCCUCCCCCCCAUGUAUUUCAAAAACAAAACGGACAUUUGCUAAGGCUGAACUCCAGUAUGGGUUAAAAAUCAAACCGUAUCUAAAGUCAUCUUUUUUUCUGCAUUUGCAAAGCGCUGAUCGGAUUGGAUGCUGAUUGGAUGUUGGUUUCUCAGCAGGCGUGUUUAACUGAAGCCGGUGGUGAGCUUCUGUCGGACAGGAAGCUGUACACACGGGCCGCAUAUCAGCCGGUUUCUACUGUACCGGCUGAUAUUCGGCCACUGUCUACCCGCCGUUAAUCCUUCUGUUUGUGGUCUGGUCUUGUCACAUCACAGGUCCUCUUCUUCCUCCUGUGGUUGGUACAGUGGAACCUUGGAUUACGAGCAUAAUGCGUU